CACCUCGACUUUGGUGUUCUCGCAAGCCAUUGCAGUAGUCUGCUAUCCACGCUUUUUCUGGUGUUGAGUCUACAAACGCGCUCAGCCAGCACCAGCGCCCUGAAUCUGCCUGCGCGCCUUCGCCGCUCACAUCGGGAACUUCUCUCAACCUUUUCUAUUGUCGUCUGCACUAGACGCGCCCCGGUGCCCUUCUGGGGAUUGUGUCGACCUAGUGUUCGGCGCCAUGGCCGACGAUGCAUCUUCGCCGGGCAGUCUAAGCUCGCCCCCGCACUCGCCUGAGGGCACUCCGACAGCGACUAUCCGCGCAGCUGCAGGUGGUGUUGGUGUUGGAACUAGCACGCCAACCCCUGCAACUGCAUCGCCAGCUCCACGCGGCCUUACUGCGAACGGCCAGCCACGCAAGAAGCCAGGUCCGAAACCAAAGGCCAAAGACCCCAGUGCACCAGAGCCAGAAAAGAAGACAAGAAAGCCCCGUAAGUCGGAGCCCAAGGACCCAAAUGCCGCGCCUGCGCCACGGAAGAGGAGGACAAAGGCAUCGCUGGAGGCACAGGCGCAACCAGCCGCACAGGUCGUCGACGAGAAACCGCCUGUGCAGCUAUCACCCAUACCACAGACUGGGCCCAGUGAAUCUGUCCCUGCUUUGCAAGCCGAGCAGCCGCCUGCAGUCGCGCAGCCAACCCGUAUGUUGAGCAAUCCCGAGCCGACUCUUCACAGUAACCCAAAUCUCUCUCAUAUCAGCGUUGCGCCCUCAACACCACGGCCAUCCAGUUCAGGCCAAAGAUAUGAUCCCAUCCGAGGCGACACCUUUGAGUCAAAACCGCAGCCCCCAGCAAGCGCGCCUCCGCCGCCUGUUUCACCCCCGAUCAACCACCGUGCGAGUGCGUCACCUUCCAUCACAAGUCUCAUUGACCCGCCAUCUGCCAGCAACUCCUUCUAUUCACACCCUGCCAAGCUCCAACAACAGGCAUCUAUCACGUCCGCACCCGUGUCACCUGCCGCCUUCUCCACGCGACCAGCGUCGGUCCUUCCUUCUCAAGACUACUCACCUCAACUCCAACAACAGCAACCGCAAACAUCCCUUCAGAACCACGCUCAGCCGUAUCCCACUACAUCAUCAGGCCCGACUCCCAUGGACAUUGAUACCGAGCCCAGUAAGCCAGCAUCCGUCCCAAUGGCAAAAGAAAAUUCCACAAACUCCGGUACCCUCUCCCAGUCUAAUGCUCCCACUCCACCCGCCAAAACCGUCCGCCAGAAAGAGGCCCCGCCACCGCUGCCUUCCGGUAGCGGCCUCCUGUCAGGAACGCCAUUCGGUCCUGUUGCCAAUGCCAACGGCACAUCUGAGACUCAAGGCACCAACAUCUACUUGACUUUCGACCUGAAGGGACGCGAAAACGUCACCAUCAACUUUGCACAAGAAGUCGAGAGGAAGUACGGCUUCGCUGCUCUGCAUCCUCGCAUCGCCGCACGAAAAGAGCGCCAGCGUCAGAUCACGGCAGCAGGUGCAGCACUUGAGCGGGCAGCAGGUGGGGGCUCUAACGACGAUCAGUCUGUCGACUUAUCAGAGAACGAAAGCAACGUCGAGAUGGGCGGUAUGGACGAUGAGACAUCGGCCAAGGAGAAUGGAGGCAAGAAGCGACGCAAGCGCAAGCAAGAAGAUUACGACAAGGAGGACGACUUCAUCGACGAUACCGAGCUAGCUUGGGAACAACAAGCGCUCAUGGCGAAAGACGGCUUUUUCGUCUACAGUGGCCCACUCGUCACCGAGGAGAAGCCAACUGUGGAGAGGGCCGACGGUACCGUUAGACGUGGACGAGGACGAGGACGUGCCGGCACCGUACGAGGCGAGACGUCAGGCCGUGGCAGGGCACGUGGAGGAGGUCCAGGUUCUCGUGGUGGUUCUACUGUCCGCAAGCCCCGUGUUACCAAGGCUGAUCGCGCACAAAUGGAACAGGAGAAGGCAGCUCGAGAGUCUAUGGCCAAAACCCUGACCAACAUGUCUACUCACGCCGGCCAGGCUAGUGCCAUGUAGCAACCGGACUUCGCCCAACGGUCAACCCUAAGUACGGUCAGGCGUGUCCUAUCGAUUACCAUUCGCAUUGGGAACCCCAGCAUGGGCUUCCAUUUCGUGUUCGAUCCUUUUGUGUUUAGUUAUCUGUACGAUACUGUUGGCUAGGCAGAUAACCCCAGUCGACACUGCAACAGCCAUCUAGCUAGCAGUAUGUAAAGUCGGGAGGCGUUAGUGUAGGCAUUACUUUAGCCGGCGUUAUUCUCCAGACGAUUCAAAGUCGUUCUCAAGACCGUAGAACCAUUACUCCAGAACCAGGGUUUUUCUUCCAUCGCUGUCUGUCAUUUUCCCUCUUUAGGAUCGU